CAUUGGAGAGUUCGAGUAUGCUGACAACCACAGGUCUGGUAAAAUUGUGGUCGAACUGAAUGGAAUGCUUAACAAGUGUGGGGUCAUUAGUCCUCGUUUUGAUGUUGGUGUUAAGGAGAUUGAAGGUUGGACUGCCAGGUUGCUUCCUUCAAGACAGUUUGGAUAUAUUGUGCUCACCACUUCUGCUGGCAUCAUGGACCAUGAAGAGGCUAGAAGAAAGAAUGUUAUUUCUUCGAGAUGUUCCAUAUUAUGUUUGUAUGCUGUUUAUUUCUCCGUUUGUUGAAAUUUUCAUGCUUGCAACCAAGAUGCAUGACCUAUGUUUAUGCAGGCACAAGUGGGAGAUUGUCAGGCAGUGGUUCCAACCUGUAGAGGCUUCAAGGUUGAGAACUAAAAUCUGGAAGUUUCUCAAGGAAGAAUUUCAAAAUGCAUCCAAGUCUAACUGCUCUAAAGAAUCUUCUCCUUUGAGUGAUGCUUCUGAUGAAUGAAUUGACAAGUGGGAUCCUUUCUGAAUCUACACACAGUUGGUGCAUAUUGUCCAACCAGUCAAUCAGUUAAUCUGCCGUGAAAAUGAUCUUUUGAGUUUAGUAACUGGAAAAAUUAGUCUGAUUUCGAAUUUUAUGAAAGACAGGUAAUACCAUUGCUCAGAACAAGGCAUAGAUCUUAGUCAUUUACAUUACUGACCAUUUUUGGCGAGUUAGAAUCCUUCUCUAGGAUGAGGCUUCAACUGUAUAGUAGGAAACAAAAAUAGUGAGGGUGGACUUUUCUAGGUAAUG